CUGGAGUCUGACAGUGGGCUCCGGGCAGACCGACUGCAGAUGAAGUUUCCACUCACACUCACCCGGUGGGACUCUCAGGAAUUCAAAUUAACCGGCCAGACGUCACCGUGCCACUGACAUGUUGCGAUGUUUCGCGCAGACAUACAGAACGUGCUCUUGUUUCGGGUCAUUUUGUUGUGUUUUGCACUUUUCCCGGAAGCUGGCUGUAGGUCAGCCGAUGCAGGCAGCUGUCAUGAGGUGAAGAUAGCCUACAUGAUGCGCCAGAUAGGCCCCGUGGAACUGGUGCCAGAAAGACCCGGUACAGGGGAGCCGCUGAGAGUGUGUGUGCAUGCUGGGCCCAGCUGCUGUACGAGUAAAAUGGAGGACAGUUACGUGGCAGCUGUUCGUAGCGAGAUGCAGCACAAGAUGCGAUCCUACAGCUUCGAACUCAAAUACCUGAUUGAUGGACAUAGAAAGGCCUUCCAAGAAACCUUUGAGUCACUCGUGUCCUUCACAUCGAACCUGACAUGCAGUCUGUUUGACAGCGCCUACUCCGCUCUCGCAUCGGACUGCCGGCUUCCUGUGUUCCAGCUGUUUUCCGACAUCAGACGCCACCUUUCAGGAGAUGCUAACUCCUCCCUCAACAACGCAGUGCGCCGAUUUUAUAACGAUCUCUUCCCGCUGGUGUACCGCCGCCUGCUUAACCCUGGAAUUGGCCGUCCAUCAGCAAUAUCCCAUUUAUCCUUCUUAUCCAACCACGAUGACUGUCUGCGGAUGACACAACAGGAUGUCAGCCCGUUCGGACCUCAUCCUCGGCUGCUCGUCAGCAGCCUUUCUCGCGCUCUCGGACCUGGUCGGGCGCUGAGCCGGCUGCUGAGGCUGGCAGGAGAAGUUGUGAAUUCAACAGAGAAGGUGACCUUAUCCAGGGAGUGUGGACGGGGAUUAGUAAAGAUGCAGUACUGUUCGCACUGUAGAGGUCUAACGCUGAUUCGGCCCUGCACUGGACUGUGUCACAAUGUCAUGAAAGGAUGUCUGGUGGGUGUUUCUGAGCUUGGUGCCCCCUGGGGACGCUUGGUGGUAUUGCUCCAAAGGUUAGCUGCUACUUUAGCAACCAGCAGCAACCACAACAGCAUGGAGCUAGCUCUGCUGGCAGUUCGAAACCAUGUGAAUGAUGCAAUACUGCACGCACAACUGCACGGUCCACGAAUCACAGCUACAGUAGAGAAAGUUUGUGGGCCCCAGGAACCUGGUUUCAUGCUUAUGGAUACGAAGUCGUCCCAAAUACACCCUGUAACCCGGGCAACACUACUCACCUCGAAGAAGUCGGCGGUAACUCUGCCUGCUUCACCUCAUCGCCAUUUGCAGUCGCAUCCCCAGAAGUCAUUCCCCCUUCAAGGUGCGAAAGGAGACAAAAGUCGAAGCCUGAAAAAACUAUCAAGGGAAUUUGAGAUCUCCAUCCAGCGGUACCAGUGGUUUUUGUCUGAGCUGCCAGAAAUGCUUUGUGAAAGUGAAAUGGAGGUUGAGCAGCACACAUGCUGGAGUGGUGAAGAUGUUGUAGAAAGUUAUGCAGGUCACGUUGUUGGCAGCACUUUGAAAUCCCAGAAGGAGAAUCCAGAGAUGUCUAUACGCCACACAGAUCCUGCCCUCAAGGAGGUGAAACAAAGGCUGGAGCGGCUAACGCAGGAGCUGUUGGUGGAUCUCGGCUGGGCAAGCAGAGAAAGAGGAAGAGGGGAGGCAGAGGACGGAGGGAGCGCCCUGACAGAUGGAAGCGGUGGAAGCGAUUGUGAUGAUGAGGAUGGCUGUGGAGCAUCUGGUGAGGAGAGCGGUGACGAUUCUUCAAGCGGUCGUAGUCCAGAAACAAAAGACGCGCCUUCUGUCGCUCCUCGUCGCCCAGUUCCUCCAGUUCAAAGUUCACCUCCCCAGGUGGCUGUUCACGGCUCAGCCCAUUCGACGACCUUUGAACCCCUGACAGGGUUAAUUAUUCCUCUGCUCCUAAUGCUGUCGCCAUGGGAACCCCGCUGACAACGAAGCGAGUGAGAAGGCUGAAGGAGAACCGCAUGUUGCCAUGUUGGAGACGUAACGGUUCAGCCGAUCUGUUCUGAUUGGUGGAACAAGCUGCUGGUGCAAAGAACACCUUUUUUACUAUUACCUGUAACUGACCUACCUAAUGGUGAUAGGAUAGUUCGCACAGCAUUACUGACGUUUGUUUUUUUGUUUUUUGGAGAAGAUGUAAAUACAAGUAUAUAUAAAUUAUAUAUUUAUAUUGAGAGGUUCAAUAGAUAAUAGCCUGAUGUGUACAUUGAGUUUAUUGUGGAACAAAACGGUAAAAUACUUGGAUGGUAAUGGGUUUUCUUAUUUCAAUAUGGUCAAGAAAUUAAUUUAUAUUUACCUUUUUGUUACCACACCACUACAGCAAAACUCCUGCAAACAUGUAAUAUUUGUCAAAAUGAGGAUGGAGCAUGCAGGAAGGUUCUUUCUUAAAAGGCUAAACAAACUUAUCUGAUGUUUAUCUCAUUAUCUCCAUGGGAAGACUUUGUGAUAAUCUGACUUCAAAAGGUAUCAUUUUGGAUAUUUUGUCAUCACGCCCUGCAAUGUUUGGAUUUCUUAAACCAAUAAGAAACAUCCUCAGCCGUGCUUAGCCCAGGUUUUUUGUUGACUAAUUGAGGCAUUUGGUGACGUUGUAAUUUUACUUGUUAAUUUGGUCAGAUACACAAUUAACAAUGUGGCGGUUUUGCAAAAUACAGAUGAAAAACCACCACAUUCUAUUGCAGAAACUUUUUAUCAUGACUUUUAUUGAAAUUCUCUUGUUUCUGUUAAGCAAAUUUAUUUCUGUAAUUCCAGUUUGCGACAAUAUGGUUGAAAACGCAGAUAGCUGGCCCAGUGAGACAAAUUUUAAAGUUCAUUGGUUGAAAAACAUUUCCACUGCCAUGAGCCUCUUGCAUGUUACAGUUUACGUCCCGAAAUUUCGCGCAUGCGCACAAGGCUGCAAGGCAAGAAGAUGAUUCUUUUACUUGCUAUCCAUAGCUGCGUUGCAGCGGUAGAAUGACUCCGUUACCAAAAUGAAACCCGGGGUAUUAUUAAUUUACUGCUGUAUGCCACAGCAAAGGGAAAAAUAAUGCUGAAAAACCGUUGAAAAACAACUCAAAACCACUUUUUUUUUGCUCUUUGUGUUAGCUACGCUAUCCACGGACUCGUUGCCAUACCAACUGACAACGACGACCCUAUACGUUUAGGGUUCAACACCAACAGAGACUGAAACAUUUCCCACACAAAGAACAGAACAUUCAGUCCAUUACAGUUGCAUAUUCUUAGGCUUGAUAUUUAUUUUGCAAUUAUUAAUAAGUGAUCGCUGUGGUAGAUUAGCUACUGCUGCUAUUAGGAAACCUAACGCAGUGGUUUUUGAUUAGCUAAUUUAAACACCUGCUCUACUGAUGAUCUGUCAGAGAUGGUGUUGAAGUCGCUUUUUAAAACUU